AGAAACCCCGUUUUUCUCUGUCUCGCAACCUCCUUGUGGAUCAAAAAUAAAUUGCGUUGAGAGAAUACAAGGGAGGAAAAAAAGAAUAUUGAUCGCUUCCACUACGCUCGAGGACACAUACUCGGGCUGCCAAACGAACAGCGGUUAUUUGUCCUGAUCCGGUUACUUACAACAUGGCUGCCUCCGACAAUACUCUCCCCCCUGGCGACCCUGCGCCGGAGCUGCUCGAGGGACGCCUGUGGGUAGACGGUUGUUUCGACUUUUUCCAUCAUGGACAUGCCGGCGCCGUCGUCCAAGCCCGCCAGCUCGGCGACGAGCUCUACGUCGGCGUCCAUUCGGACGAAGCCAUCCUCGAGAACAAGGGCCCCACGGUCAUGAACCUCAAAGAACGCCUCCUCGCCACCGAUGCCUGCCGCUGGGUGACCAAGUCGAUCCCCAACGCCCCCUACGUCACGCAGCUCGAUUGGGUCAGUCACUUUGGGUGCAAGUACGUGGUCCACGGCGACGACAUCACGUCCGACAGCAGCGGCGAGGACUGCUACCGCUUCGUCAAGGCAGCCAACCGCUUCAAGGUCGUCAAGCGCACCCCGGCCAUCUCGACGACCGACCUCGUCGGCCGCAUGCUGCUGUGCACGCGCGGCCACUUUAUCCGCUCGCUCGAAAAGAUGCUGGCCGGCGAGGAAGGGCCCGGCACCGAUGCCGAGAGGAAGGCCAACGGGCAGGCCAUGGCGGAGAGGAUCCGCCUGUACGCCACGGACGAGACGGCCAGGAACCCCGGCGCGGACGUGUGGUUCUGGCAAGAACAGAGCGGCUUCAAGGAGCUGUUCAAGGGGGUUGGCCCGAAGCCCGGCCAGAGGGUCGUGUACGUGGAUGGCGGGUUCGACCUGUUCUCCAGCGGCCACAUCCAGUUUCUGCGGCUGGUGACCGAGGCGGAGGAGGAGCUGGCGAGAAAGGAGGGGUGGUAUUCGGAGGAGGCCGUGAACGAGAGGAAGGGGAAGGGCGCCGACUACGGCCCCGUGUUUGUCGUGGCUGGUGUCCACGACGACGAAGUCAUCAACAAGUGGAAAGGAGUGAACUACCCGAUCAUGAACAUUUAUGAGCGCGGCCUUUGCGUGCUGCAGUGUCGGUAUAUCAACGCCGUCAUCUUUGGCGCCCCUUUCACCCCUACCAAGAGCUACCUCACCUCGCUCCCGUGGGGGACCCCGGAUGCUGUCUACCACGGCCCGACAUCGUUCAUGCCCUUCACCGAAGAUGUCUACACCGACCCUAAGGAAAUGGGCAUCUACCGGGAGAUUGGCCACCACGAGUUCGAGGACGUCAACGCCGGAACUAUCGUGCAGAGAAUCCUGAGGAGUAGGGACCUCUACGAAGCACGACAAAAGGCAAAGGGGAUCAAGGCCGAUCUGGAAGCGGCACACAAGAAGCGCGAGUUGCUCGAGGAAGAACAGCGGCGUAAGGAGGCGGCGCAGUAGGACAAAUACUGUCAGGGGCAAGAUUUGGAACUAACCAAGAGUACUUCAACCACGGCAUGGGAGUGGACGGGAUAGGAGAGAGGCGAGUUUUGGCUUCAACAUGCCUUUUUUUUU